AUGGUGAACUUAACAGUUGCGAACGUUUCCAAACGGCUUACAGAAGAAGUGAUUGAUAGAUGUUUUAAAAUUAAAACCAAUAGUAAAGACUCACCCAAAUCUAUUGUUGUAACAAAAGCUGCGCCAGCAGGCGAAGGGCUCAUUAGUGCUGUAUACAGGAUCCACGUCACAGGAUCUCACCACCAAACAUCGUUUGUGGCAAAGGGAUUAGUUAGCGACCGUCUUUUAAGGCGGAGUUUACGCUGUUCAAUUUUCUUCGAGAGAGAAGCCAUGUUCUUCUCACAAAUACUACCACAAUUCAAAGAAGUGCAAAAAUCAUCUGGAGCCAAGGAAAGUAUACAGAAUAAUAUUCCCAUCUGCUAUGCCUAUCACAUAGGUGAUGAAGACGAUUACAUUCUCCUGGAAGAUUUAUCUGAAACUGCAUGUGAGUCAGUAGCAACGCCGACAAAAACAGAAAGAGAUUUAACAUUGCAGGCUUUAGCUCAUAUGCAUGCUGUUUCAAUUGCUCUUAGAACAAAAAGACCUACGGUGUUCUUUGAAUUAGCAAGUAAAAUACCUGAAAUUUAUUACACAGAUAGUAAUCAAGCUUGGUAUGCUAAAUAUCUGCAAAACGCAAUUGAUAUCGACAAAAAUGUUAUAAGAGAAUUUGAAGACGAAUCAAGUAUUUACUUUAAGAAAUUUAUGAAUCUUUUGGAAAAUGAUUUUUAUAGACAAGUGAGAGAAUUAUUAGCAACUCCGAUGGACCAUCCAGUGAUGAACCACGGGGACGCUUGGCUACCAAACUUUAUGUGUUCCAAGAAGAGGGCUGUGGCGAUUGACUUUCAACUAUUCAGAUGUGCUUCGCUUGCUACGGACUUGAGUUUUUAUCUUUGUCUUUGUGGUAACCUGUGCCUGAAUAAAAAAUACUUCUUUGAAGCAGUCAAGAUCUACUAUAAUUUUCUAGAGCAUUAUUUAGAAGACAUAGGUCUGAAUGCGAGUGAAAUAUUUUCAUGGGAAGACUUGUGGAUGGAGCUGAAGAUGUAUGGAAGAUUUGGUGUGUUGGCUGCUCUCACGGCUAUACCGCUACUAGCAAGUCAGAGGUGUGAUGUGGGACUGCCGUUUGAAGACAAGUAUGGGGACGUGGAAAGAAUACCAUUAGAAGAUCUCUGGCGUUUGACUCCAAUUCAAGAUUUGGAUAAAAAAAAGGGACUCGUGAACGCUGUUCGCGUUGCGGUCGAUGUAGGUCUUAUUUAAACAGGUUUUCUCUACAUUAACCAAUAAUAAAUACUCAAUUGAUUGAAAUUAUAUCUGAUAUGUGCUUAUAUUGUUUCAUAAUUCAAAUUUUAAUUCAGUAUUCUGACCAGCAAAGUCGAAACGAGCUUAAAUAAGACGAUUGUUGAACAAAGCCAUUGAGUGCUUUGAAAUUUAUUUUUUCAGUUAAAACUGUUCUAAAACAAGACAAGAUAGCAUCGUGACGCUUCUUUUUCGGAAACUUUUAGCAAUAAUCAAAAGCAAUUACCGAGUAGCCUAUCACGUUAUUCUGGUCUAACUUUUUGUAGCACCGUGUGUUAUCUAAAGUAUUCCCUGGCUGUUAACGGAACUGUAAUGGUAAAAGAUCGUUAAGUGAGCCUUGCGAACCGAUUUGUAUAAAAAUUGUACAUAAAAACACCUGUAUCUCUGAGAUAAGCCUUGAGAUGAGUCGACAGUUGCGGUGGAAUGUUUGACUCGUGACCGCCUGAGAGCCGAAAAGUAAUUAUCGCGGUUAUGUAGGAUGGCAGAGUUAGGGCCACUGUGCACUAGAGCGAGGGAGCGAAUACUACGCAAGCAUAAGUGCACUUGUAGAUUAGUUUGUUUAUUAAAGGUGUAGGUAGAGUUUUCAAUGUUUAGCAUCUAAGAUCCCGUUGUACCUACAAUUUUUUAUUUAACUAAAAUUAGGUAACGCGCAUUGAAGAUUCUACAUAAGUAGUAGAUACACGAAGAUUCGUGGCAUUUUUUUUUUAUAAUUCAUAGACGACAUCGAAACUAUUGGCUUGAUAGAUAAUUCAUUAUGGUUACGAAGUCCAACUUAACAGAAAUAUUGUAUCACAUCUCAAGUUCCAAUGUAACACUAACGUGUGUCAUGUUUCACUCCAAAAUGAGCGCUCAACCAUAUGAAGUGGACUGACAUUUCGGUGUGUUCUGUGAUGUUCUGACCGACUAGACAGUUUUUUGGGUCCGUGGCCGAGUCCCCCAGUAUUCGACGCACCCGUGGUUGAAGCCCCCGAUUUAAAUAAAUUUAAAAUCAUAUUUUUUUCGGCUUUUGCACUAAGUACAGUCAACGAAAACCAUGCAUGUUUGACGUUAUUUAAAAUGAUGUAUUUAAUUUUUUGUUAAAAAUACUUAAAACUUUUAUAAUUAAAACUUUUAUUUGUAGUUAGUUAAAUGUAGAGAGAGUAGAGUUAUUUUAAAUACUGAUUGUUACAAUUAUUUUGAUUAGGUAAAACGAUUUACAUGUUAUUAUAGGUAAAUAAAACCUAUGAUAAAAUAUGAUAGGUUAAAAUAAAACCUAUUAUAUUUUUAAGUAUCAUUAUGGUAAAAUAAUAUUAAACAUUUAUUUGUACGAUCAGUAUAAAUAUUUAUUCGUUUAUAAAUAUAUUUGUGACUGACUGUACAUUUGAUUAAAAAUUGCUUCUAUUUGAUCGGGGGCGUCGACCACGGGUGUGUCGAACACAGGGGAACUCGGCCACGGACCCGUUUUUUCGUCCUGUGAUGCUGGCUAGUCGAACGCCACCUUUAUUUCCAAACUCCGUCGCUUCGUGUGUUCUCAAUAGACACUAUUACACACAAAGGUAGGAUGAUUUGACUUUACUAAGAUUGAAUACUGGCUCGCCCCGUACACGAGCACUUCAGUAACCGUAUUACUUUAUAAAUGUUAUAAAGAAUUAAUUCUUAUUAAUAAAUUGUAAUUGGCUCAAUGGUUUCGAAGUAAGUAAAUUACUGUAAAUUAAUUAUAGGUCACUUGCGGCCUAUGAAUAACUGAAAUUGACAUUUUAUAGUAUAAAAUUGUAAGUAAUGGGAAUAAAUGAAUACAUUGUGGAAAAUGAGAA